UUUAUUCCCCGAGCAGCACACUGAGCUGGAUAACGUCUCAUUCAACCCGCAGCACUGACUCAUUUCUCCACACACCAGCUCUGAGUGGAUUCUCAGCAGGGGUGUUUGAGAUAUUAGGGCGCUGUGGGGUGGUGGGGGGGAGGUUGGGGCGCUCAGGGACUUCUACCAUCCACCUACAAAGAGCCGGCAGUGAGGAGGAAUAUGGGCAAAUCGGAAAGCCAAAUGGAUAUCAUGGAGAAAUCAAGUAAAUCAGGAAAGCGUCGUUGGACCUUCGCAGAAAUCGGUCUGUCUGUUCUGCUGCUGUUGGUCAGCUGUGCCUUGGCCGGACUGAUAGUCCUCUACACAUCGAUUGUGAAAGAACAAUCUACCAAGAAGAGUGUGUCAAGGAGCUCAACAGGUGAAGGCCAGCUGUUUCGCUCCGGCCACAACAGUGUGUGCACAACCGCGGACUGUGUUACUGCAGCUGCUCGGCUCUUGCAGAACAUGGAUGAUUCUGUAAAGCCCUGUGAUAAUUUCUACCAGUAUGCUUGCGGGGGUUGGCUGGAGAGACACGUUAUCCCGGAGACGAGCUCCCGCCACAGCGUCUUUGACAUUUUGAGGGACAAGCUGGAGAUUGUCCUCAAAGGCGUUCUUGAGACUGAGAAUGGACAGGACAGAAACGCCAUCAAGAAGGCCAAAGUCCUUUACAACUCCUGCAUGAACGAGACCGUCAUAGAGCAGCGUGACUCGCAGCCCCUCCUGAAGCUCAUUGAGAGUAUCGGAGACUGGCCCGUGGCGUCAGAUGCCUGGAACACCACUACAGAGGAAGCGUGGAGCCUUGAGGACACACUGGCAAAGCUUACCGCUCGUUUCCACAAGAAGGCUCUGCUGGACAUGUACGUGUGGACGGACGACCGAGAUUCUCGGCGCCACAUCAUUUAUAUUGACCAACCAGGACUCGGCAUGCCGUCAAGAGACUAUUAUUUCAAUGAUGGAAACUACAAAAAGGUUCGAGAGGCCUACCUGCAUUUCAUGGUUUCUAUUGCGAAGAUAACCCGUGAGGACAGGAACUUGACUCAGGAUGAGGACCGCGUGUGGGAGGAAAUGAUGCAAGUGCUGGAGCUGGAGACGGACAUCGCCAAUGCCACAUCGCCAGCAGAGGAGCGCCAAGAUGUGACUGUUCUCUACUACAAGACGACACUGGGAGAGCUGCAGAGCACAUUCAGCUUUAAUGGUUUUAACUGGACACAAUUUAUUCAAGGCGUUCUGUCCAGUGCGUCUGUUGAGCUGAAGCUAGAGGAGGAGGUGGUGGUUUACAGCUCCCCGUACCUUGAGAAGAUGAACAAUGUUCUUCCCAGACACAGUGUCCGAACUAUGCAGAAUUACCUCGCCUGGCAACUCAUCAUCGACAGAGUUAACAGCUUAAGUCGCCGCUUCAAAGACGCCAGAGCCCGUUACAGAAAGACUCUCUAUGGGACCACUGUGGAGGACGCUUGGUGGCGAGAAUGUGUUCGUUAUGUCCAGAGCAGCAUGGAGAACGCAGUCGGAGCUCUGUACGUGCGGGAAACCUUUGCUGGUGAAAGUAAACAAAUGGUCAGUGACCUUAUCGGUAAGAUCCAGAAAGCCUACGUGGAAACACUGGAGGAGUUGAGCUGGAUGGAUUCUCCCUCAAAGGAGAAGGCAAGAGAGAAGGCCAUGGCGAUCAAGGAGCACAUUGGCUAUCCAGACCAUAUUCUGCAGGAGACCAACCUGAAGCUCGACCAGGAGUACGCUCAUCUGAAUUUUAGUGAAGAAUACUACUUUGAGAACAUCCUGGAGAACCUGAAGUCUGAUGCACAUAAGAGUCUAAAGAAGCUCCGAGAACCAGUUGACCCUGACUUGUGGAUCAUUGGUGCUGCCGUGGUGAAUGCAUUCUACUCACCCAACAGAAACCAGAUUGUGUUCCCGGCAGGAAUCCUGCAGCCGCCCUUCUUCAGCAAACAGCAGCACCAGGCCCUUAACUUUGGUGGAAUAGGAAUGGUCAUCGGACAUGAGAUCACACAUGGAUUUGAUGACAACGGGCGUAAUUUUGACAGGGACGGAAACAUGCUAAACUGGUGGAGUAAUUACUCUGCUGAGCAUUUUAAAGAGCAGUCCAAGUGCAUGGUGCAACAAUACGGCAACUUUAACUGGAAGCUGGCGGGUGGACAAAACGUCAGUGGAAUCAGCACUUUGGGGGAGAAUAUUGCAGACAACGGAGGCGUUCGUCAAGCAUUUAAGGCUUAUCUGAAGUUGGUGGAGACGGAGGGCGAGGAGCCUCGUCUACCUGGUCUAGACAUGGAUCACAAGCAGCUUUUCUUUCUUAACUUUGCCCAAGUGUGGUGUGGGGCUUAUCGGCCUGAAUAUGCCAGCCAGUCCAUCAAGACCGACUCGCACAGUCCAUGGGAGUACAGGGUGCUUGGAUCCCUCCAGAAUUUUGAAGCCUUCUCAGAAGCUUUUCAGUGCCAAAAGGGCAGUAAAAUGAACCCCAAGCAGAAGUGUCGCGUCUGGUAGAAGGUUUUUCAAAUCAAAAUAACUGGUCGUGCUCCUCAAAUCCAACGAGGAACGCUGCUUAUUUCCAAUUUAUUUGGGGUCGUGCUGACAUGGAAUUUUGCAUUUACUGCAGAUGUAAUUAGAAUGGAUGCAAUCAGGAGCCGCAUCCUAGAUUGAACUACAGAAGCUAAAGUUAUAGCACAUUAACGUAUAGAAUAUACUUUUAAAAAGAAACUUGCUUAAGUAUAUGCCCAGGUUUGAAGUCUCUCGAUGAGUCGGCUCUUAUUCUUUAUUUUUGUUGUGUCCCACUGCAAAUGACGAGUGGGUUCAUAGAAAAAAACGCCCCAUAGAAAAAAAAAGACCCUGUGAAGCUUAUCCGGCUUGCUUUAAAUGCUUGGCCUGCGUUUUUGAAUUAAUCCCUAAAAAAAAUCUCCUGUGCAGAUCUUUGUGAUUUAUCUAUUAUCAUUUGGCACAGAGCUGACUUGCAUUUCUUCUGAUGUGUUUUUAAGUCAGUGAGCCACUUCAAAUGAAACAAUAGAGAACCAAUCGAACUCUGACUGAAGAUUAUGAAAUAAAUGGAAGCUCCGGGCUUUGCCUGGAGUAGAGCUACAAUAGAAUUAGUCACACUCUGAGAGUUUGUUCAUUUACUGUUACAUGAAACAAAUUACCUAAAGACUUUAAGACUGUUAAAUCUUUGCAGCUUUAACCUUAAAUUAACAUUCUAAGAGAGCUGCGGCUUUCAGCAUUUUUACACUCACUUGGAUUGGAUGAAUAUAAAAGAAAUGUACAAAGCUAUUAAGUACUUUUUGGAGGGGUCACUGUUAUUCUAAGUUUCUUCAACGUGUCCUGCGAGUGAUUUUUGCUCAGUACUCACUGCAGAAAUGUGAGCGUACGCCAUGGAAGUUUUCCUUGAUGAAACCGUAUUCCAGAGGUUUGAAAAAUACUGGUGGCCUGCAAUGUUUUUAGGUAGUGAGAAAAAGCAUGUGUUGAAGACGGAGUGAUGUGAUAAUGAUUUUUAAAAAAGUAUAUCACUUAGUUGCAUUAAUAGUUAGUGCCAAGUAUAGAUACAGGUUUGGGUUAAGUGUUGUGUCUCUUUUUUCUGCUUCUGCACAUUCAACCUUUCACCAGAUUUUGAUUUUGAGAGGUCACGUAAAAGGGUCAUUGAAUAUUAUGAUGUCGGCUUCAAUUAUAUCUGAGUUUACAACUAAGUCAACAUGGUGAUUGAUACGUAGACGAACAUAUUCCAAAAAUAUUUUAUUUCCUUCACAACACAAUCUUCUGAGAAGAGGCACAAACACACAGUUAUAACAAGACUUUCAGCGUCUGGUAAAGCCAAUUACAUGCUAAGGGAGAAGAAGAGCCCUCACACACACACACACACACAAACACACACUCUCGCACUCACACGUGGCAGCCGAUGAAGUGGUUUGUCCUCUGAUCUCGCAUUGAUCAGUGCUGUCUAAGAUUAAAGGAUGAAGAGCGGUGUGCUGAAGUGUGGUUAAUGCUGCAGCCUUGCCACGUGCACACACACACACACACACACACACACUGACGUAUGGGGCUUGUCAUUAAAGAGAUGGCCGGGGCCACGACUGUUAUUUUCUACCUUUUAUUAACAAGUAAUGACAGGAGAAUCAAAGCAGAGCAGAACUCAUGGGAAACGAGAGCCUUUUAAAGAAAAGGCACAGCUCUGAAUAUUUGCUUGGUUUUAGAAGUUUUAAGUCUCGUCUCCUUGUCUUUGCAUGUCGGCGAAAGCUGCAGUGUGUAGUUAAAGGACACAUAGUUAAAGGAUACAUGAUGAAAAAAAGAGUUUUCACUCAGAAUGUAAUUGGUGAUAGUGUGAUGCCAUCUUGAGAGUUAAAACAAAUGGAUGAAAACCAGUGGAGUGAAUCAGGAUAGCCGUUUCCCCGUUUCCAGUAUUAAUGCUAAGCUAAGCUAACCAGCUGCUGGCUGUGGCCUGACUUUUUAAUGUCAACGUAUCAACAUCAAUAUAUGGGUCGUCACAAUUCACUCUCCUCCAGAAAGCGACGAGGCGUCUCGCCCCGAGUGUGGAAGCUUCCCGUCGGUAGAUCCUCGGUCCUGAGCUGCUGUUUGACGGACAGCAGCUCAGACUCCUAGUCGUGUCUGGUUAUCCUCAAAAGAACAUUGUAGGGUAUAUCAAAUACAAUGUGCUAUUGCGUAUUCUCUAUACCCCAGUAUUUACAUAUAACAUAUUCAAAUCAGGUAAGAAAGAAAGCUUUCAUUUCUUACCAUAGUUCUAGCUUCACAUUUACGUACAUGGUGAAAUUGUGUCGUUUUGAAAUUACCAACCAAGUACGAAUACAUUAUUGAAUGUGAACAUGUUUUAUCUUGACCCCUCAGAAGAGUUUAUUUAUCUACAUAAAUAUUUAUGGAAUACGCUUUUGACCUUGCUUUGAAAGAAUUUAGACGUUAAAGAUGUUUUAUGAAUGUUCCUGCUGCUAAGUAAUUAUCUAGAUUGCCAUUAAAGUGACUGUCUCCACUACCA